CAUGGACGAGGUAAUAGCGGAAGAAACAGAAGAAGUUUCUCCAGAUCAUGAACAGCCAGUUUUAAGAGGAAAAGAGUUGUUUAAAAGUGCUAUUUUACGAGUAAUUGAAAAAUAUAUUUUAGCUGGUAAGAAAAAGUCUAGAUUAAGAAAGAUUAGCAGAAAAGAACCAACAAAUCUGAGUUCUUCAAGUAAAAAUGCAGCAACAAACAAUGACAAGAAACAAGUUCGAGUUAGAAAAAUAUCAGCUACUAAAGGUCCGUCAUUACCGCAGAUUACCAAUCAAAAACUUCCAUCAGAGAAAAAGGUUAAGAAGAGUACAAAUAAUGCCUUAAAUGCCCAAAAUGGCUUUGGAAAUAUUGUAAAAUUAGCUAGUAUUAGAGAUAGAAUGUUUGGAAAGAAGAAAGAGAAUUCUAAGGAAGAAAUCCAAGAAGAUGAACCUAAAAAAUUACCGUCAAGGUCAAGAUUUGUUAGUAAACUUUCACCGGAAGCGCAAUAUUCUAUGUUGAAGGGAUACGAGGACGUGAUAGUAAAGGAUUUGGGGAAGUUGUAUCCAGAGCAUUUAAUUGCUUUUAAUGAACAAAGAGCGGUUACACCAGCUAAUAAGAAGUGCUCAUUAAGCGAAAUUGGGGAAAAAGUUAAUGAGGGAGGAGCUAAUGAACUCAAAGACCAAAGUACUCCGAAAACUUUAAAGACAAAAAAACGUCUUAACAAAGUUCAUCUUCCCUUACUUCAAAAUACUUCUGUCAUUAAGCAAAAGCGGCUGACUUAUAGAUUCGAAACUGCACAGGAUAUAAUUGACGCUUUAAAGAGUAAAAAAGGACUCAUAGUCACUUCACCCAGAUAUAAAACCCAGCAAAAAAACCCAGUCAAAGAUUUUGGCACGUGGAGUUAUAAUUGGACUAGAGAAUUUGUUUUAAAAACAAGGCAGGGUGGAAUUCAAACAGAAGUAGCUCUAAAGAUGAAAGUUAUUUCGGAAAUUGAACCCGAUCAAGAGAUCGUAAAGGAGAUGGAAAAUAUGGAUGAAAGGAAAGAAUUAGUUGGCCAUUUAAACUCUAUUAAUAAAUCAGGAGCUGAGAGUCCAAGUUUAUCACAAAAAGGCUUACAUAGAUUUCAACAAACUGGAUUGAAAGUUAUGGCGGGACUUGCUCUAAACAAGAAUCUCAGCGGAAGUAAUCCUUCCAUAAAUUGUACUCCACGAACAAGAAGACCCAGCCUUGGAACUAUUGUUAAAGCUAAAACUCUUCACAACAGAGUAAAAAAGAAAUUGCACGAUGAAGAAUCGCAAGAAAAGAUUCCAGAAAGGGUAAGAUUUGGAGCUACACUCUCAACUGAAGGGCAGUAUGCAUUAUUAAAAUGUUACGAAGAUCUGAUAAUCGAAGAAUUGGAUGUGAAAGUACCUCGGUCUGAUACACCUAGUCGGGUUACGCCUCGCGAAACUACCAUUGUUUCGAAACCACCCAUAAAGCAUACUCCUGCUGUAAUGAGAGAGAGGAGUCAAAGCUUAUUCCCUGAGGGCCCCCAACUUACAAGAGCAAGUCCUAAAUUUGAUAAAAGCAUUAGAAGAAUGUCCCUACCUGCUGAUUUACCAUCGAGAGAACUAAAAGUUACAUAUCGACUAGAAAAAGGACAACAACUUUUAGAUGAAUCGCGUCUUAAAAAGAAUACAGUGACAGAGGAAAAUUGCAAGAAUCGUCAAAAAUUCAACCUGUGGAGUACUACUUGGAGUAGGGAAUUCCAUACCGAUGAUAUCUCUCAAUCUUCAGAAAUCCUUAGAAGAUUGCAAUUAAACGGAUAA